AUGAUGAAACAGCAUUCCCCUGGCACCCAACGAUUGCGCCGGUCAGCCCACUUUGUGCCUGGCGCCAACGAAAAGAUGCUGCAGAAGUCUAUUGCCAGCAAUGCCGACUGCCUCAUUCUUGAUCUUGAAGAUGCAGUUGUCCCCAAACAGAAAGACGCUGCCCGUCAGAUUGUCAGCCAAUGGCUGAAAGAGGCUGAUUUUGGCAAUAAAGAACGCACCGUGCGGAUGAACCCGUUAGAUACCCCCUGGGGCCUGCAGGAUCUUGCCGAAACCAUGGUAUGCCCACCGGAUGCUUACAUUGUUCCGAAAGUAUCCACGCUGGAAGAACUGAACACCAUCAGCGCAGAGCUCGAUCGCCUUGAAGCUCAGUACGGCCACCCCAACGGACAGGUUGGCCUGAUCCUGGUAUCUACCGAAACGCCACUGGGCGUUCUGAACCUACCGACUUUUACUGCAUGCCAGCGGGUUAUAGGGCUGACCUGGGGUGCUGAAGAUCUGUCCGCUGCCCUUGCAGCGCCUCGCAACAGGCGUCCGGACGGCAGUUAUCUGGACCUGUACACCCACUGCCGCAACAUCACAUUGCUCAGCGCCGCCGCCGGUGGCGUGCAACCGAUUGAUUCCGUGUUUGUCGACUUCAAUGACACUCAGGGACUUGCAGAGGAAUGUCAGGAAGCGGCAUGGAUGGGGUAUACGGGCAAAAUAACUAUCCAUCCUAAGCAGAUUGAUAUUGUGAAUCAGGCCUUUACACCAAGCGACGCGGAAGUUUCUGAGGCAGGCGAGCUUGUGGAGGCAUUUGGCCAGGCAGAACAGGAAGGGCUUAUGGCAAUCAGCUUCAAAGGAAAAGCAAUGUCGUUAACGCUCAACACAGAUCGCAUGCAGACACACAUCGAUAAUGGCGUGGGAUGGAUGGUGUUUAAUAACCCGGCCCGCCACAACGCCCUGUCGUUAGAAAUGUGGCAGGCCAUUGGCGAUAUUCUUGAAAACUAUGCUGCUGACGACAAUGUACGGGUUGUGGUCAUGCGCGGUGCCGGCGGUAAAGCUUUUGUUUCCGGCGCAGACAUCUCUGAAUUUGAAGAGAAACGUUCCAACGCAGAACAACAGGCCUCGUACAAUAAAAUUGCUGGUCGCGCGACCAAAUGGAUGAACAGCUUCGAAAAACCGCUGAUUGCGUUAAUCGAAGGGUAUUGUAUUGGCGGCGGGCUGGCCACUGCCCUUGCAGCAGACAUCCGCUUCGCGACCCCGGAUUCCACCUUUGGUAUUCCUGCGGCAAAGUUAGGCCUGGGUUAUGAAUAUCCCGGGCUGGCCAAGCUGUCACGCGUAGUGGGCCCCAGCCACGCAAGGGACAUCAUGUUUUCCGCUCGCUUCAUGCCCGCUGAGGAAGCAAAAGACAUGGGGCUCAUUAACUUCAUUGAAUCCCGCGACGCUAUCGAAUCCGCCUGCCUGAGCUACGCCCGGCGCAUUGCAGGCAAUGCGCCGCUAACGGUCAAAACCGCCAAAGCGGCCAUUGAUGUGUGGGAAUCCGGCAGCGAGCCAGAGGCUGUUGCACAGAUCGGUCAGAUGGUUGAGAUGUGUUUUAACAGCGAAGACUACGCCGAAGGCCGACGCGCCUUUCGGGAAAAGCGCAGUCCGACAUUCAAGGCGUGUUGCCUGGCGCAGCAGUUCAACGCCGCCUACUUCUAUCAGAUAGUCGGUAAACGCUGCGGUAUUUAG